GCUCUGCUCCAGCGGGCCGCGUAGCGGACAUGGCGGGCGUCCGGCUCCCGCGGCAGCUCUUUCUGCAGGGCGUGGCGGCGAUCUUCAUGUUCGCCUUCGCCUCCCUGUACACGCAGAUCCCGGGCUUGUACGGCCCCGAGGGCAUCCUGCCCGCGCGGAGGACGCUGCGCCCACAGGGCAAGGGGCGCCUGCAGCAGCUGUGGGAGACGCCGACGCUGCUGUGGGAGGCACCCGUGCUGGGGCUGGACACCGCCCAGGGCCUGGAACUGCUCAGCCUGCUGGGCACGUUGCUGGCCCUGGGUGCCCUGCUGCUGCGCCCGCUGCGCCACCUCCUGGUCUACCUGCUCCUGUGGGCCGCCUACCUGUCGGCCUACCAGGUGGGCCAGGUGUUCCUUUACUUCCAGUGGGAUUCCCUGCUGCUGGAGACGGGCUUCCUGGCUGUGCUGGUGGCCCCGCUGGGGUGGCCCCUCUGCCGACGCCGCAAGCAGGCCCCCCAGGGGCGGUCGGAGGGGGCCUCACCCCACGAGGGCCUCCCCUUCUGGCUGGUGCGCUGGCUGCUGUUUCGCCUCAUGUUCGCCUCAGGCGUAGUCAAGCUGACCAGCCGCUGCCCUGCGUGGUGGGGGCUCACUGCGCUCACCUACCACUAUGAGACACAGUGCCUCCCCACGCCGGCCGCCUGGUUUGCCCACCACCUGCCCGUCUGGCUGCACAGGCUCAGCGCGGUGGGCACCUUCGUCAUCGAGAUCGCGGCCCCUCCUCUGUUCUUCGCCCCCAUUCGCCGCCUGCGCCUGGCCGCCUUCUACUCCCAGGUGCUGCUGCAGAUCCUGAUCAUCGUCACGGGCAACUACAACUUCUUCAACCUGCUGACCCUGGUGCUCACCACCGCGCUCCUGGACGACCGGCACCUGGCAGCCGGGCCCGGCCGAGGCCAGCGCAAGAAGACGCCCCCCGCCCGGUCCGAGGCCCUGCUGGUCACACUGGCCCUGCUGCUGGAACUGGCCGUCUACGGGCUGCUGGCCUAUGGCACCAUGCACUACUUCGGCCUGGAGGUCAACUGGCAGCAGCGCACUAUCCACUCCAGAACCACCUUCACCUUCCACCAGUUCUCCCAGUGGCUGAAGACGGUGACCCUGCCCACCAUGUGGCUGGGCGCAGCCUCCCUCGCCUGGGAGCUGCUCACUGCCCUCUGGAGGUGGACGCAGGUGCAGGGCUGGCUUCGGAAGCUGUGUGCUUCGGUGGAGCUGUCCGUUUGGGGCGGUGCCACGGUGGUCUUGUUCCUGAUCAGCCUGGUACCCUACUCCUACAUGGAGCCCGAGACCCACGGGCGCCUCUGGGCUGGGACGCACCGCCUGUUUGGGGCUGUGGAGCACCUGCAGCUAGCCAACUCUUACGGCCUCUUCCGCCGGAUGACGGGUCUGGGUGGGCGGCCUGAGGUGGUGCUGGAAGGCAGCUACGAUGGACAUCACUGGACGGAGAUCGAGUUCAUGUACAAACCCGGGAACAUGAGCCAGCCGCCCCCCGUCGUGGUCCCCCAUCAGCCACGCCUGGAUUGGCAGAUGUGGUUUGCAGCCCUGGGCCCACACACACACAGCCCAUGGUUCACGAGCCUGGUGCUCCGCUUGCUACAGGGAAAGGAGCCUGUGAUCCGCCUGAUCCAGAACCACGUCACCAGGUACCCCUUCCACAAGCAGCCGCCCACCUAUAUCCGCGCCCAGCGGUACAAGUACUGGUUCUCACAGCCUGGGGAACAGAGCCGGUGGUGGCGACGCCAGUGGGUAGAAGAGUUCUUCCCACCCGUGUCCCUGGGGGACCCGACCCUGGAGACCCUGCUCCAGCAGUUUGGGCUUCAGGACAAGAGCCCACCCCGGGCCCGUGGCUCCAGCAUCCUGGCCCAGGCCCUCCACUGGGUGCGCGCUCAGCUGUCUCCCCUGGAGGCCCCCACGCUGCUCUGGGGACUCCUUGUGGCUGUAGGCACCAUCAAAAUCAUGCAGGCACUGCUGGCCCCCUGGUUACUCCGGUCCUUCCCACUAGCCAAUGGGGAGAAGCACAAGCCAGCCCCCAAGAAAGAUGGGGGAGCUGCCCGUGGACAGGCCGCCCCGGCCCCCAGCAACUGUAGCAGCACCUCUCGGGCCUCUCGGCGGAAAAAGUAGCUUCCAGAGGGCCGGUCCCUUCUCAGCUCUGACCUGCAGCAGGCAUGGCCCCACCCACCGUGCCUUCGCCACCCUGCCAAGCAGAUGCAGGCUAGGGUGCUGCCCACUGAUGCAGGGUGCUACUUUGAGGGCCCACCAGUCCCUCACACCAACAGCGUCCCUCUCCAGGGUUGCCUUGCUGCCUCCACAGUUGGCCCAGGAGAUGGCCGCGUGACCCAGCUCAGCCAGCUCAGGACCCUCUCCAGGCUGUCGCGGUCUGAGCCUGGAGCCCAGCCUGGGCACAAGGCUGAGUCUGCAGGGUGGUGGUCAGCACUGUUCUGAGGAUCCGUGCACCAAUAAAGGCGUCUUGAGUGCU